GAAUAAUUGAAAGUAUGUAGCACUGUCAUAAACGAGGGUGUCCCUAAACGAGGAAGACAACUAGAAAAAAACUUUGAUAACGUUUUCAAAGAGUCACUAGAGAUUCGCUAGGUAAAAAAGUGUUUGAAGAAGUACUGUUGUACUCAAUUAAAGUGGUUACCUUAUUUAAUAUGGUUUAUUCAGUUUUAGAUGAUUUAUCAUAUUAUAGAUGGCAAGCAUUAUUUGAUCCAACAAAUACUGGUAUUAUAACAUUUCAAAAAUUUUGUGAUGUCCUCGGUGUAAAACCGGAACAAGCACGUACUCUUCGGAAGAGUGUUGUCAAUAACCGACCACUGCCGAAAGAUUUGCAAAUAAUCUCCCAAAAUAUGUCACCAGAAGAUCAAUUCCAAAUAUUUGAAUUUGUUCGGUCACAGUUAGAUAAGAAUUUAUCAGGUCAAGAUAUGACACAAAUGAUAAAACAAUGGCUUGAUAAGACAUUCGACCCUUCAUGGCAUGUUGUUAUAGUCGAUGGUUCAUAUUGGAUAUCGUAUUCACAUUUACCUGAACAAUCUCUACAAUUUCGAUUGAAAGAAAAGUGUUAUUUAGUUUGGCGCACACCUAAAUAUUGACAUUGAAUCAACAAAAUUAUGAUAAUUGCAGUUACGUAACGAGUGUUUAUUCAUUAUUGAAUUUUGUUUACCCAUAUUGUUGUUUCACCAACUGCAUAUAUACACAUCUAUAUAUCGACCCAAAUGUCAAACUAUCGUUUACUUUAUUCAGUGUUCAUCAAACAAUUUUAUUUUAAAUCCUUCACAGUUUAAUCAUAUCAUAAUACACACAUUACCGUACACAAUUUAUUUAUUUUGUUGAACUGUCAUAUUGAUGUGUAUGUGAGCUUGAAACUUUAGCAUAUGACUUUGUGUCAUGCUUAGAAAUAUAACGUACGAAACUUACUUCAA